AUGGAAGGCAGUCGUGAGGAGGCCAGAUCAGGUGGGACCAUUCUAGCCAAUGAGAGGGCAGCCUCCAAGAACAAGAAUGCUAAUGGUCCCAACAGCCACACAGCAGCGCGGGUCCUCAGCCCCCCGAUGAAGAGCAGCUCAUCCUCCUCGUCUUCGUCCUCCUACAGCUCGUCAUUGGAGAAGCGGGCCCAGCGGAGGCUGGUGAAGGAGCAGAGGGAGCAGCAGCAGCAGCAACUGAUGGAGGAGGCUGGGGAGGACAAGCAGCAGAAGGCUAACAGGAUCAUCCAUGAGGCCAUUGCUAAGGCCCGGGAGAGAGGAGAGAAGAACAUCCCGAGGCCUCCCAAGAACAGAAUGCUAAUGGUCCCAACAGCCACACAGCAGCGCGGGUCCUCAGCCCCCGAUGAAGAGCAGCUCAUCCUCCUCGUCUUCGUCCUCCUACAGCUCGUCGUUGGAGAAGCGGGCCAGCGGAGGCUGGUGAAGGAGCAGAGGGAGCAGCAGCAGCAGCACUGA